AUGCCAACACAAUUUUCAUCACCGCGCGCUGCUAUCUACGUGGAAUUGGCACGAAAAAAGAUGUGCACGAAGCGAUCAAGUGGUAUCGUAAAGGAAUGCGUAAAUCUAUCACCUUUGGGGUUAGUAACGUCGCGACAAAAAAAGGAAAAGUUGCCACCACCCGAGAUUUCGGAAUUCCUCCAUUCCAGCGAAGAAAAUGACAACUGUCACGUUGCCCCUGAAGAACGAGGACCAACCACAGUCACGGAACAGAAAAGUGCCGUCAUCAACGGAAAUACAAGCAUCCAGCAAAAUCCGUCGAACCCGACCUUAUAA